UAAACAUCUCAUUCUCUGAUCUAUAUAAACAUCAGCCAGGUUAAGUAUGAUACAUUCCAUAUUUGCAUGCAAUUAAGUGCAUAUUCUCAGAAGAUCAUCCGAAAGAAAGUACAAAAUGACUUCAAAAGUAGUGUUCUUCCCUAUACUAAUCCUUUUGGCCGGAGGAGAUCUUGUUUUUAGAACAAAUGCUAGGCCUAGUCCGGACGAUGCUGCUGAUUUAGAGAAGAUAGGUUUCCAUGAUGACCAGAAAACCUUCUUCCACUACAAAUAUGGGUUUCCUCCCUACUAUGGGGGAGGUGUGGGAGGAGCAGGUGGAGGGUCUGGUUUUACGGGAGGCCCGGGUUUCGGUGGAGGUGGCGCUGGUUUCGGUGGCGGUUUGGGCGGUGGAGGCUUUCCUACACCCGACCUCGGCAGUGGCGGUCCAUCCGGUUUUGAGCCCGGGGCUGGGAGCGGGUUCGGGUCGAGUUUUGGCGGGUUUGGCGGUGGCCCAUCGGGUUUCGGGGGCGGUGCUGGGGCUGGGUUCGGGUCUACCGUUGGAGGCCUCCCGGGAGGCUCAUCGGGUUUCGUACCCGGUGGAGGCGGUGGUGGGAUGGGGACUAACUUUGGAGGGUUUGUUGGAGGCUCUUCUUCACAGUUUGGGGGUGUAGGAGCAACUGAAGGUCCAUUUGGUACAAGACUUGAAGCUGGCCUCGGCGGUGGCGCCACCCCUGCAGACGACAACGCCAGCAGCGACACCGACAGUAAGACGCCCCCUGCCGCAGAAGUAAUCGGCGAUGGGAUGUAGACUUCACCUAUUGAUUUAUAGAUAUAUAUCUCCACAUGCAUGAGGACAAUAGGAUUUUCUAAUUUGAUUUGAUCUCAAGGCAAAUAAUUUGGAACAAUAUUAAUUAUUUGUAUUAGUACUGUAAUAGGCAACCAACAACCAAGCGAAUUUCAUUGUUGCUGUGUCUUUUUAAGAUGUUUAUAAUUAAUGUAACUAGCUGGCUAGCUCUACAUAUAUUAUGCACUUCAAUGAAUGGAAGUUAAGUUUAUUACUUGAAUAAGUUUUACUACUAUAUGUUGUUCAAUAUAGAUAAUAGAUGCAGACUAAAGAUGUAG